GAGGGGUAUAGGAGUGGUAAGGAUGGUGAAAACGAACAAAAAUACGUGCAAAGUAACAACACAAAUGAAAAAAAAAGUGCAUUUGCUAAUGCACCACGGCAAGUAAAAAAAGAUGAUACGACAAAGAAGAGGAAAGAUGUGCAGAGAGUGGACGAUAUAGAAUAUGAAGAGAAAUGCUUAGUAGAAAGUGGUGAUAUAAAGCGUAUCAAAAAGAAUGAUGAAGAACAGCAUGAUGGUAUGCACAAGCAAGGUGUAAAUGAAAAGAGAAAAGAUGAGCAAAAAGUAAAUGAACAAGAAAAGAGUGAAAUACUGCAUGAACAGGACAAGUCAGCAUUGCUCAGUGCCCUCGUGUUGAACGUAAUAAACCAAAAAAUAACAAAACACAGAGCAAGAGAAGUGCUUGAAAUGAACAAUCUAACAGUAAAGGAGUACAACAGUACAAUAAAAGGAUUGCUACAUGCAAAGAUACACUGCCAGAACAGAAUGAACAAUUUAUUUACCGGUCAGUCCUUACGUACGGAAGAGCUGUUGGACAACACGUUCCUCAAGGAGGUGCUUGACAGUAAAACUGAUACGUACAGUGUUACGGACAAGGAGUGCUAUAUUAGUACAUUUUACCAGACAAGGAAGAUCCUUGGCAAGAAGGAAUUGCUCAGCGUAUUUGCAGAGAAGUGCAACGACGAAAGAAUAUCGUACGAUGCAAAGGAUGUACAUGUGUUGGAAAGGGCCCUGCAUUUUCACUUGAGACGUGUUAUGGAGAGUAUGAACGAUACGAAAGAGUGA